GAAGAAGGGCUGAGUGCUGAAAAGCCACCGGGAAACUUUUGGUGCCUCUCUUUUCAAUAUGGAAAAUUAAUGAUCCGGCAUUAGCAGAGAUAUAACGCAAUUUAUUUUCCUCCAAGAGUGCGAUGUAGUUCAACUUCAAAAUCCACAUUUGUCAAGAUGACAGCGUUAUCACCUUUGCACCGUGCAGUACUUGGACUCGCGUGGAGCUGCCUGAGUUUUCUAUCCUGCACUCAUUGCGGCUUAAGUGACAACCAUGUGCACUCCAGUUUUAUUUACAGGAGAUUGCGCAAUCAUGAACGCAGGGAGAUCCAGAGAGAGAUCCUCUCCAUCCUAGGCUUACCUCACCGUCCGAGGCCCUUCAGUCCCGGGAAGCAGGCGUCCUCCGCGCCGCUCUUCAUGCUCGACCUGUACAACGCCAUGGCCGUGGAGGAGGAGGAGGGCGCGGGGAAGAGCUUCAGUGCCAAGGCUCAAGGGCACUCCAGGAAGGGUUACUACAACCCGCAGCAUGUCGGGUACUCCCGCUUGCCGCAGCCUUAUCGCGCGGCCCCUCUGUUAGGCCACAGCCCCGCGCUCACCUCCACGCACGAGAACAAUUUCCUCAAUGAUGCGGAUAUGGUGAUGAGUUUUGUCAAUUUAGGUAAGUCUCAUUCACCUGCCUUCUCAUCUUUCCAGGUUAACUAACAAUAUUUUAAACUAAUUACAAAGCAGGCAAUGUAAUCAAAAUGCAUUUGAUGUUGCAGCAAAGUUGUAAAAUACAUGUAAAAGUUUAUUAAAAAGUCCCUCUCCAACUUCAAGUAAUUAUGCGUCAAUUUAUAUUUUAUUUUCUGGCAUUAACUCAGUCCGUACACUCAGAAAAGAGCUUUUGAAUAUCUGCAAAUAGUCUAGACAGGUUCUUUUAAAUACUGCAGCAUCAGUACAAGCCAAUACUGCUGUUUAAAUCACUUAAUUUCUCUCUUUACAUGUCUGUUUUCUUGCUCUGAGCACAUGUACUUAAUUGGUCUUGUCAAGUUAAGUUGACACAAGCCCAUUUUUCAGACAUCAGUCCUUAUCGGGGCCUCUAUAGACUCCAGUUCGGUUGCCUUCAUUCACCUUGAGUGAAAUAUUUUGUGCUUAACAGAAUUAGGCCCAACAUUUUGACCUGAGCAAUUUGUGCUGCUUUCUAUUAUAGAGGAGCUGAUGAGUAGAACGAUUGUGUUUGUUCAGUAGCUGCGACCCUUAACCCCACAGUUCAGAGAAACUUAUCAGAUGACUGUCUGACCCUGAGAAAAUUGGUCUGAAUUAUUUCCUGUUGUUAAAAGGGAGCGAUAUUGACUUAUGUCUGUUUGUAUAGAGGCUCCGUCACUCCGAAGAAUCGAGGAAUCUGUCCUUUAUAUUUGUGUCAUAUAAAUAUUUAAAGCUCUUAAGUGACUGUCGAAAAAUUAAACAUUCACACAAAAAAAUGGAGAUCAGGCAAAAUCCUAAAUAAAGCACAAAACACCACAAACACGUUGACAUUGUGUUGGCAUUGUAGUGUUGAUUUGUUUUAGAUGAAGUCCAAGAAAAACAUGUUAAAGUGAAACUGUGUGGAGUUGCUUAGGAGUCUAAUCCCUCACCUUGGCCUGAGCCCAUCUGUUUCCACUUACCACUAUAGCGGGGCAUGUACACUGUCAGCCUUGAAAGCUUUGCUCUCGUUCUGGGGACUGUCAGUGAAGUGUUCAAUGGGGCUCUGUCUUUAUUACAGUACAGCCACAUAUAGCUGCUGACCUCAACUGUUUUACAAACGUCUAUGUGGUAUUUCAUGCAGUUUAAUAUGCUUACUCUGAGCACUUCGGCUUGCAAUGUUUAAAUAAGAAGAUAUUUAAAAUUCAUAUACAUACAUGAUGCAGGAGAAGCAAAAACCCGGUCAUCUAUUAAUCUUAUUGCGAAAAUAUUGAUCCUGUCAGGUUGGGACACGCAGGAGAAUAAAGACAGCACUAAGUAGACCCUUACUGAACAGCUAAGUCUUUAAUAUUUACACUUCAGCUAUUAGAAAGUUAAAUGCCGGUCUCAGUGGCACUUCUGCUCCACAUUACUGCCCGUGGCUAAUAUAAUGGAACACGCUCAGUGGGUAACAGUCAGACCUGACCUCUGAACUGUGUGUGCUAAGUACCCGCAGGCGCUCUCACUUGAUAAAAUAUCAGGGAAGUGCGCGGCAUAUCACCAGGGAUGUCAGAUAAUCCACUGAUCUCAGCAGCUUGCCUCUUUCCUGCGACGCUGCAGGGGUGUGAGACGCUGGUAGAGACUCUAUCUUUUGUCAUUUUCAUAAUACUGAUAAGAAGCUUUGAUGUUUCUAACACUUAGCACAGCUUUAUCUCAUUAAACCUCAUGAAUUUAUACUGGAUCAUUUAUUUUUACAUAAUGCAAUACAUCAUUUUGUAAAAUUAAACUCCUUAGAGAUGUCCUCUGUGACUUUCUAUUUUAGAGUCUUACAAGCACAGCGAUAUUAAAAUUGUAUGAACCUGGAGGUCAGGAAAAGGUCAGAAAUGAGGUCAGGGUCCACCCUCUCAUGACAUUGAAGAAUCCUGUCUGGUCUCUCCUCUCACUUGAGAAGCAGACAAAGUGUCUUUAAUUGAAAUCAGCCUGUUUUUCUAAACUGACAGCCCAUUCAUCAUGGCCAGAGAAUGCAGAAAGGCACACAGUAGAGAGCCUGUCUGGGAACUGCUACCUGUAUUCAGUUGACUGAUUUAAUGAACUGGAAAGUGCUUUUGUUGGUAGUGAAAAUGUUUAGAUUGGAUCUGGAAUGUAAAAGAAGAUGUGAUAAAUUACUCUCUUUCUGUACCUUAAUGCUGCCAUAUUUCCUACUUAGUGCAACACACGCAGCAGUUCAGGAGUUGAAGUCAUAAUUCUGGAUCUGCGUAGGCUUUCGCCUCUGCCAGUGAAAAUGAAAUUCAUCAUAAAAUAUUUUCUUUCCCAGUCGAGAAAGAUAAAGAUUUCUCUCACCAACGGAGACACUACAAGGAGUUCCGUUUUGAUCUGACUCAGAUCCCUGACGGUGAGGCGGUGACUGCUGCAGAGUUUCGGAUCUAUAAGGACCGCAGCCAUGCUCGCUACGACAAUAUGACUCUGAAGGUUUCCAUUUAUCAAGUCAUCAAGGAGUACCAGAACAAGUAAGUACCUUAUCAAGCAAACACACACAACAACUGGAAGUGGAUUGAAACAUGUACGUCUGUUGAGUGAUUCAAUUUCUGCUGCUUUAUUGUUGAUCUAGGAAAACUUUCAAACAAGAACACAGAUUUUUAAAAUAUCUGCAGCAGAAAGCAUUUGUUUAUAAGACUUCACAUAUAAUACCAAUCUUUUGCCAAUUACACAUCAAAGAUUGGAUACAAAAAAAUGUAAAUUUUAGCUCUAUCACACAGCUGAAACAUAAAGCUCUAUUGAACUUAACACAAUGAGAACAAUUAUACUUCAAAAAAAGCGCCUCAAAACUUUAGCAAAACAAUGAGAUUAAAACUUUGAAUUUCUUUUCCUAAAACUACCAAUAAGUGUGAAAUUAUCACUUAGAGUUAAGGACUUCAUUCAUCCCUGCACAACUAAAAAACAAUGCAUCACUUUCAUAGAGGUCAUAUUCUGAUAUAAAAGAAAAAACAUUCAUGUGAUUAUCUGUCCCAAAAGACCCAAAAAUCCAAACUCACUAAAUACUAAACUACAUCAAUUGAAAACUAAGGACCUACAUCCAUCUUUACAUGCUGUAAAACACAAAGUAGACAGCAAACAUCCUCCUGUUAAAAGGCAGCACAAAUUGGUGUGACUUUAUUACAUUAAAAGUCAAACUGAGUAGACGUGCUCCAUGCGGUUAUCUCAUUUCACAGUCAAACAGUCCAACAGCUAUUGUCUCGCACUGUUGAAAUUUUCCACUCACAUAGAACGGCCCUUCUAUCUCCAACUCUGUUCUCCUUCAAUCGCACCGUGUCUGCCUUACAAAUAUAGUCCUCGGAUAAAGAGAACUCCAUUAGCAGGUUGGCCACUUACGAAGCUUCGAAGGUCCAUCAGUUAUCACUCGUCUUGUGUUGCCUGCCAAGCUGGCCGUGUCCCAGAUGAAACCAUGAGGGCCCAUAUUAUAUGGGGGGCCCCCUCGGGUGCUCCUGCGGUCACUGUUAUGCCCACCACCUGCCUGUCUUAACAAUAUCCCGGAAGUUUAAACCAUGACAUAGCUGAAUACACAAGGGUGUACUUAAAAGUGGGCCCACAUUCGCUUGCCAAAAAUGUGUGUGGGUGAUUGAAGGGGAGAUAUGGCCCUCCAGGGCUUUGAAAAGGUCCAAGUCAAUGGACUCUGCCAUCUUAAAGGGGACGACUGCUCAGUUCAAGUUUUCACACACGUUUUCAUGGUGAAUUGCAUGUUUUCAUUAGUGUUCAGGAAGGAGGACAAAUCUCUCCCUGGGUGAGGAGUCUUAGAAACAACAGUGGUGUACGUGUUUCACAAUAAAUCACUCCGCUCAAGUUUUUUUUCCUCUCAAAUUUUAAAGCCAAAAGGUUUUAAAGAGUGCUGUAAGUUUGUCAAGACCUAAGUAUUUUGUCAUGUUUUCUUUAGGCUAUCACACAUACUUGGGUUGUACUGUGUAACCACAUUUACAGCCAGUGGUGUUCAGUUGGUUACUUCAACAAAAUCUACUUGUACAUCAUAAAGUGUGGUUGUUUAUGUUAACACCGCAGACAAGCUGUGGCGUUUCACCAGCUGCUGAAUAACGACAUUGCUGUUGUCGCACAUUUCGAACCCAACUAGAGAUAAAAAAAAUCGAUGAAGGCAUGAAUUUAAGGGAUUAAAGGUGUUCUACUGAGCAUAUUUACAAAUUAGAGAUUAAAAUUACACUGAAACUUGAAUUCUGUUUACUACAACUUAAAUAUUUGACUCAUGGAAACAGACAGUGGUCUCCUUCCUGUAUUGUCAUUAAUAAUCAUCAUGUUAUCAUCAUUACUCUUUAUAAACAGGCAUUAUUUCUCCAAAAUCGUCAUCAGAACUUCUCUUUCCUUCCUGUCUGCUUUGAAUGAUGUUGCUCAGAGGAAGAAACUGAAUUAACCACUUCGAGCACUGUUUACGCUUCAUUCGUCUGUUUGCUGUUUUUCUUUCUCUGCAAACCAUGAGGAGAUGCAGUGUAAUGUUUGGAUACUGACCAGUGGCUCAACACUUUUUAAAAUGCAUAUGAGAAAUAAUGGGGCCACUGCAGAGGGAAAAUUGCGUCUCACUCAGAAUUCAGACAGCAUUACAAAAUUGUGUAUUCACUGGUACACUACACAGUAAAUAAUGAGUGAUUCUGGACACAACCUAUCAUGAUGUUUAAAUGCUAAACUGCCGGUGGCUCGGUAGGUGUCAAAUGAGACAAUUUACGGCACAUGGAAGACAAACCCUUUUUAGAUCUUCUCCACUGCAUAUAUUCACGCUUAGUUAGAAAAAGAAAGAUGAAGUUCUUUGCCAGAAAAGAUAACUUACAUUUGUACAGGACAAAAACAUGAAGUAUCACUUUGCCACAGGAGGCGCCAAAAUCAACACACACUGAAAAUUCCUUGAAACUUAAAGAGUUCAAUAAAGGUUGUGGCUGAUGAAAAAAGUGGCUACUACUCACUACGAGCAGGAAUACGAAGACCGAGCCUUGAGAUGCAGAUGUUAAACGGGGUCAGCUGAAUCGUUUCUUCGCAAAAAAUAUGUUUAUGAGCAGUUUUUCCACCAUAAAAAUGUAUUUUGCCUGUCUUUGAUACCAACCCCGUCUCCAUAAACACUUGGACAGCCAAAUCAAUGUAAAAUUUAAAACCUCUGGUGUUGAAGUUAAUGUUUGCCUGUUAACAGUUCUCAUCCCUGUUGCUUUUUCUGGCAUGGAUUGAUGAAUGAAUGGAAAAGCGUUCAAGUGAAUUUUGAAUUAAACAGCUUGGCUAGCUUACCCGAUUUCUGUAGCCAACAGUUUUUAUAGCCAACAUAACAGUUUACUGAUAAGUCAAAAUAGCGUGCAUGAGUCCAACUGAAGGGGAAUUAAAAGAGCGACCUCCGACAGACAACUAGACAAACCACUUUGAACAGAAUGUUGCACUAAUAGCCUUUACACUUUGAAUAUCUAUACGGUAAAAGUUAGAAUAUGGACUUUCUUGUUACAGUUUAACCCGCCUAAGAAUCUUACAGAUUAGGAGUCGGCUUUUGAAUGAAACGAAACACCAAAAAAACAAGCCGCUCUCAAAAACAUGGAACCUUAUAUUGCUUCAGGACAAGGGUUCAAACCUCGACAGGGUGCCUUUAAUGUCAGACAAGUACACAUUAACCCGACCUCCCAACACUCCACUACAUCAGCCUCUCCGUACAACUUGCACUGGUGUUGACCUUUGUAGCUGAACAUGAAUUUCUAAAAGAGAAGAGCGGUUCUCAGGAACAUCGUUUCAGGUAGACGCUCUGUCCUGCCUCUUUCCCCGACUUUCCACUUCCUUUAAAACUCUCUUUGGAACAGUACAUCCAGUUAUCACAGCUGAGGAGGCAGGAUUGACUUCCUCCUCUUGGAUCUGGCUUUAAAAAUAGUGAAAACUUACCAGAACAAACUGAAUUAUCACAGGAUAUUAGCUUAAUUCUGUGAAUCCUAAAAAGGAAGUUCAGCAGUAUGUCACUCAUAACAACCAACCUCAGGUUAAAUUCCACAUGAGGUUACAAUUUAUUACAUGUGUAAUAAACACAUGAAUAUCAUCUGAGUGACUGGAACUGAAUGAAAAGUCUUGGUACUCCAGUCAAGCGCCAUGUAACCACAAGAACCAACCAAGUGCUGCCUUAUCCGAUCUGCCACUUGACAGAAAUCCAAUGCAAAUUGUGAAGCAGGCUUUUUCAGCUUCGGGUUGAUGGAUUCGGUUUGACAGGCUUACAGUAAAAAUACACACAGGCUGAUAAAGCUCAUUCAAAACUACUGGAAUAUUUUGCCAAUCGACAAACUGAAAUCUUGGCACUCGUAAUAAAACACGACUCUGCAGUUUAUCAUCAGUCACAGCUUCUUCAACAUUUUCUUUUGCUCUUUUUUUUGCUCCAGCUCAGCACAGGCAGGCGGAAAUACCUGAUUACUUUAAGAGUGUUUGGUUUGAAAAGUCACAGAGAUUUUAGCUGCAGAGUUUGGGUUAAAACAUCUAUUUGGGAAGAGUCAGUGAAGCAUCAUUUAUCUGUCCCAUCUAAGAGUUUUAAGACCUCUUGGGUAAGUGUAAAUGACCUCGAGAAGCACGUGGAUUUUAUGUUGUUUUGCAUUAAAGCCAAGCAGCAUAACAGAUUUUACUUGUAAUUAGUUUUUUUUUCUUUUUUUUGUUUCUUUACAAUGAAGCAGUAAAAAAGCUACAUGAAAAUUACUGACACAAACAUACCCAUAUGGACUGUAAAAUUUUAAAUAGUUUCCACUGGAUUACAAUGUAUUUCUUAUAAGAAAACACACAGCGUGUGUGUACCGGCUUUUUCAGAACGCACUAUUAAAACUGCAGUUUAUUUACUGCAGAUGUUCAUUUCAUUGUUUUCUUUCCUACCUCCAGAGAUGCAGAGACUUUUUUGCUCGACUCCAAAAAGGUCCAGGCGUCCGAUGGAGGCUGGUUGGUGUUUGACAUCACCGUGACCAGUAACCACUGGGUGAUGAACCCGCAGCAGAACUUGGGCCUGCAGCUCUGUGCGGAGACAGUAGAUGGCAAGUUUUUUGAAAUUUUAUUCGUUUAAAGCUCCUCAUAUUUUAUCAAGACUCUUGGAACAUAGAAAAGUACAGGAAGUUCAUCCAUCUCAAAUGUCUACCUUCGAUAAAAACUGAUAUUUCAUGGACUUCAGGAAAAAAUUACCUUGUACUGUAAUAAAUUACUGUCAUUUUUUCCUUUUUUUGAUGAAAUAGCCAUAAAUAAACGGAAAAGGCCGAUAGCUUGACCUAGAUUUUAUAAAGGUGCUUGACUUGAGAAUCACUGUGAAGCAGCUAUAAAAUGAUAAUAUAUUUUCCAUUUUUCUUGAGUUUUAUUUCGCAAGUUUUAUUAUUUACCUUCUGUUUUUCAAAGGACGAAGUAUCAACAUAAAAUCUGCUGGAAUCAUUGGGAGAAAUGGGCCUCAGGCCAAACAGCCAUUCCUGGUAGCUUUCUUCAAGGCCAGUGGGGUGUUGCUCCGUUCUGUCAGAGCUGCUGGUGGGAAGAAAAAGAACCACAAUCGCAAUAAAUCAAGUAAUCAGCAAGAGUCGUCCAGGGCACCCAAACCUGGAGGUAUUGUAGUUUUUCAUUAUUUAUUUAACCCGAAACACAUACAGUAUGUUAGUCCUGUUUCAUACAUUUAGAGUCCACCAUUCUAGCCCUGACAAGGAUCCAUCAGACUGUCAGGUUAACCUUGAUUUCCUGCAGCAGGAUCUCUGCACAGUUGUCCGCCUUCUGGUAAUGGAAUAAACAAUUGUACCAGAUAUAAAACUGUCUGAUUUAAUUUCGUCAAAGCACACAGUUUUAAGGACAUUCUGUCACAUCUUUUUGUGCACUGUUCAAACUUUCAAACAAGAGACACAGCGAGGAAUGUCAGAAAUUUAAGCAACAGUUCAAUACUUUCCUCAUACAUGUCAAAUGAUAAAGCCUUUUGGUUGAAUGACUUUAUCAAACCUUCCUUCUAGUGCCACCCAGAGAAGAAGCUUACACUUUUUGCUUUAGUAAUGCUAAAUUUAACAAUCAGGGACUCAGAAUACUGUUAGUCUUCACCAUAAAAGGUGUAACCCCCAGAACUUCCCUGUUGUUUUCUGCAAAUUGCAUUAAUCAUUAUUUGAUGUUUUUGGUAUGGGUCAAUUUUUGAAUAAAAUGAAUUAAACAUCAAAAAAAUCCUCACAGGAGCUUUAACGACCUGUUAUAGUUUAAAAUGAAUUAUUAUUUUCCUUCGACAUUUUCUCUUUUACAGCAAUAUGGGAAGGAAAUCAAUGAAUCAAUUAAAUUAUUUUAAAAUAUUACAUCGAUACAAAACACUAAAUUUUGGAUAGUAUUGUUAGGUAUGACAAGAUCAUAGUGCCAUCGUGUAGUCAUAAAAAGUUUACCCCUCUGCACUACUCUUUCUCAGCGUUUCUAGAACAUUUCUGGAGAAACGUUUGACUUUUUCUGCACAGCUGUAUGAAAUUUUGUACAGUAGACAGAUAUGAAUCAUUGUUUUUUGUAUUAAUAAAGCUUCUCCCUUUCUUCAGAUUACAAUGUAAGUGAACAGAAACAAGCCUGUAAGAAGCACGAACUCUACGUCAGCUUCCGAGAUUUGGGCUGGCAGGUAAGAUGUGGUUUUUGGAUUCAUAAAACACUCAGAACGCUGUCAAAAGAAACGAACAAUGCAUUUAUAUUGGGCUUAAAACAGCACACUCAGAAAACUCACCAUGUGUCAUAAAUAAAGAAAGCUUUUUUUUUUUCGAUGAAGGAUUGGAUCAUUGCACCAGAGGGUUAUGCUGCUUUUUACUGCGACGGCGAAUGCUCUUUCCCACUCAACGCACACAUGAAUGCAACAAAUCAUGCAAUUGUGCAAACCCUGGUGAGUACACUAUAGAGUGCGCUGCACAUAUGUGCUGCAAUAAAACCCUGUUAUAAGCCACCAUAAUAUUCCUUGCAGUUAUAUUUCACUCGAAGCGUUCUGCUGUUGGGCCUCUUUUGAACCUGCUUACUCUCAUUUAUAGGUCCAUUUAAUGUUUCCUGACAAUGUGCCAAAGCCGUGCUGUGCCCCAACCAAGCUCAACGCGAUAUCAGUGCUUUACUUUGAUGACAGCUCCAACGUCAUCCUGAAGAAAUACAGGAACAUGGUAGUUCGGUCUUGUGGUUGCCAUUAGUGGCCGGACUAACUUUAAUUUAUGCUAUCUGGUGUGGGAAUGGCUGGAAAACUUUUGCUGCAGGUGUGAUGUGAUGUACAGUAUUAUGUAUAUAAAGUUUUACUACCUAAUUUAUUUCCUUUUUUUAUAAGAUAGCACUGAAUAUUGUUGUAUUUAAAUGAUUAGGAGAACUCUGAUUUUUUAUUACAUUAGUCAUCAGUUAUCUUUUGUGUCCAUUGGCAUAUACUCUCUCUUUAUUAGACCUGUAUGAUAAAUUAUAUGAGUUAACUAUUCACUGGAGUCACAAUAUGUAAGAUCACUUCCCCUCUCGCUCAUUUUUCCACUUUCACAAUACACUUGUGAGCUGAAUGCUCGCUGAAGUAUGCAGACUUACACUUGGGUUUCGGUAUAUGAUGUGCUUUUCUUCAACAUUAACUGUAAUCUCUCAUAACAGACCAAUAAUGGCGCAUGGUUGCUUGAUAAUAUAACAAUAAAGACGUUGCGAUUUAUCAUUAACGUCACAAGUAGAAAAGGCCGUUGGAAAUCAAAAUGGACCCCUGGAAAAAAUAUAGCGAGUGUUCCCUAAUCUAAACCAAACUGCCCAGAGCUAUUUUCAAGCUGUCACCAUCUUUCAGCACUGAUACUGUUUCACCUUUUCCAGGCCAGCUUUUCUUUUUUUUUUUUUGUCUGAAGAGAGUGUGUCCUCAGAAGAGGGAUUAUGUCAGUCUGGAAUGAAACUCUUCCAUAAACACUGUUUUCUCACUUCUCUGUGGACCCUUCCAUAGCUGCAAACACUUCUUUUUUUACUUCACACUAAUUUUAGCUCUUUUGGGGAAUGUAUAUCUUAUUGUAGAAAGUUGUGUAUUUUAAUAAAUAUACCACUUGAAAAACUCUCGUCUCCUGCUUGUCUUUUACUUGACCUCACACUUUUAUUGGCACCAUUUAUCAAAAUAAAAGAUGUAAAAAUCUAUUAAAUCUUCGAGCUCUUUCUCCUCCUCCUCCAGCUGCAAGUCCUCGUUCCUUUUUCAAAUUCAAGUUGUCCUCUUGUGUUUCUGUUUGGAGCUCUGCGGAUGUUUUACAAACCAUCGCAGGACUACUGCUCGGAUUUAUAAAUGUUUGACAAGGCUGAUAUAAACUAGGGGUCCACCCACGGCGCUUGUUGACAUACUCUUGGGGAGGGUGAUACUUGCGGUGGAGUGCUUGCAGUAAAACAGAGUUGUGACCUCCAAACACAGCCCAAAAGGGUGAUUAUCAAGAGGCUGCAAGCAGAGAAGGGUAUAUCCUUUUUAAGUGACCCCCGCCUGAUAAUGGAGAAAGAUAACAUCCAUCACAGUAUUUAGAAGGUGUUUAUAGUUCAUUUCUGCAUGCUUACAUUCUGCACGGUCAUUUUUUCCAAUGUUGCCAUCUGCUAAGAGCUAUGGUUCACCACUGGAAACAAAGUUUAGAUCACAAACUAAACCCAGAGUGUGUCACUGCCUUUUCUCCUCACUCAGGAUAAGCAGAGUUCCCAGGAAAAAAGUAAGAAAACGAGCUAUUUCCAGAGAAGAGCUCUGGUUUACCAAGCAUUUUCAAGUGUCUUGGAAAUCUGGGGAUUAGGUUAAGGAUUAAUAUUUAUUUACACAACUGUGUUGACCCUUACUAAACACAGGAUAUGUACUGUUGCACUUUUCUCCCCUCACCCUCCCACUUUUAUAACAUUUUUUUCCUCUGACAUGGCUGAACAUUGAGUGACUGUAUUUCACUUAAUUAAAAGCAGUGGCUGGCCUGCCCAGAUGUUAUGUGGGCUCCCUCUAAAAGGAGUGUUGACAUUCAGUGAAUAGAAGAGGCCACCUGCUAACUUAACUCUUGGCUUGAGGGUUGAUUUGCAUUCCUGCGGCCUGUUGCUGAGCAUGAUUACUCCUCGCACUUCACAAUCCCAUCUACUGUUAAAUCUCAGGGAUUCUUUCCAAUUCGGACAGAAUUUCCUCUUUUCCUUGUUGAACAGCAGUAUCUAUAAAUGAGCUUCUAUUUAAGUUCUCUCAAACUACACAGCCCUUCAAACAGAAACCUCCAAACCACAUGAAAGGAAAGGCUAACAAUCCCCAUAAACUCAGGGCAGAUUAAUAUAGUGACCUCUUCUCCUCUGAGACCCCCGUGGUCAAAAACAAGCUGCAGUGAGUCAGAGGUGCCUUGACAUUCAUCAGAUCAGCACCUCCACUGACCACUUCUGAGACAAGCUGGAAAAAGAUCACAACCCUCUGUGCUUACUUUUCAAUGAAGGCUCUCUUGUGACUUCUUCCUGUAAUAUGCCCUCAGGUUUAUUAUACAUGUCACAACUCGCUCCUGGCUUAACAUAAACACAGUGAGAUAAUGAUGGGAUGUGUUUCCGGGUGCUAAUAUUGUUUUUUCACUAAUAUAAGAAAGUUUAUUCUUUCAACCUGAUUGAGAAAACAAAAGUGUAUCUUUGUACCCCCAUUCAGAUAAUGUUCUCAUGUUCAUGAAAUGGAUACACUUUAGAAGAAGUGAUCAUCUAUCUGUUUGUUGAGAUAGCAGCUACUUGGUAAAUGAAAUAGAUAUCUAAAAUCUUAACUCCAAAAAAGAUGAGACGUUUAACUAAAUGUUGGAAAAACAGACAUAGAAGGUAUGGAAUCAAAAAUAAUCAAAGAAAAUGUUAAAACUGAAAAAUGGCUCAGUAUAGUUGCUGGUGUUUAUGGGUCAUAUUUAUACUUGUCUCCAUCCUUGUCACAGUUUUAACCUGAAUUUGAGGAUGCAGCCACAAACUGUCUUCACAGACAGUGGUUUUUUUAAUGUGAUUUUGAGCCUAUGCAGUGAUUUCCACCACAGUCAUAGCUGUUUUAAUGUUUAAAGUAAAGCCCAGAGUAUUUGGUCUCUUAGUUGAUACAAUUUUAUUUAUUUUACUUGACUUUUAUUAAAUCAGGAAAUAUCCCAUUAAGAUUAUGAACCUCUUUUUCAAGUGAGUCCUGGCCAAGAGGCAGCAAACACAAAACACAGUUACAUAUUUACAUAAAUAAAACACAAAACUCUAAAUAAGAUGAAGUGCAGGUGAUGAAGUCCUUAAACUCCUCUCAGUCCUAUGCUGAGGAGCACUUUUAUAAAAUUAUAAACUAUGAAAUUCUCCCACACAGUUUCUCACCGAGGGGCAAAUCUCUUCCCAUCUUAAUGUCUGAGACUCUAAACUUGUUCAGUUGAAAUAUUCUUCUAGGUGGUUUUUGCAUUGUUUCGAAAAGCAUCCCGACUUUUUCUGCAUUAGGGUUGCAAUCUAAAUCAAAGAUAAAGCAGAAAAUACAGGACAAUCUUACACACUGAGGAAGUUAUCUGACCAAAUCAGAGGCAGAGGUGCUCGAGAACACGACCAGAGAUGUUCUCUGGGAUUUAAUCAAAUCAGCUGAGGUAUUUUGUCGUCUGUUUUCCUUCUCUAUAGACUAGGACCUGCUGACUGUCAGUGGAAGGAUUCUUUCAUAAUUCAAGUUAAAAUGCCUUUGAACUUCAAAGAUUCAAGUUACCCAAAAUGAGAAGGAACCGUUUCAAAUUAUGGGAAAGCAUGCGGCAGAAAGUGUUUACAAAUACUCAGAAGGAGAAGUCUCUUUUCUUCAUUGUGUAAAGGUAACUAAGAAUUAUUGUUUCACUUCAUAUUUCUGGCAUUUUAUAUGCACGCCAUAGCCCCUAACCC